AUGUCAGGACCCAGGCCGGUUGUUCUGAGCGGCCCCUCAGGGGCAGGGAAGAGCACUCUUAUGAAGAUGCUGCUGAGGGAUUAUGAUGGAGUCUUCGGCUUCAGCGUGUCACGUACGUUUGUGUUUCUUGGCUCCUACCCCAAUAUCCUGUCUGGGAGGAAGUGGGACAGCAUUAAGCCCUAUCUAUCGAUACUCUCAGCCUUAUCUAACUCUAGGCCAAGUUUGUCAAAGGAUUUUUAUGUGGGAUAGCUCUGUAUCCAGUCCAUAUCCAAGUGCAAUUAUAACUAGUUAUGGUUGCGCUGACUGGUACGAGACAAGGAUGUCCUCUAUUUCCAUUCCUUUUCUUGUUGGCUUCAAUGAAGACCACCAAACAUAGAAGAACCAGCAUACCUUUAGGGUUGCAUGGCAUGUCUUUGAUUGCACAUAAUUCAGAGGUUGAGGUUGUUGAUAGCCUUCCAUAUGAUUGGGUGUUGAUGAUGGAUGUUGAUGAUGGAGGUUGAUGAUGGAUAGUGUUGAUGGAUGUCGAUGAUGGAUUUUGAUGAUGGAUGUUGUUGAUGGAUGUUGAUGAUGGAUGUUGAUGAUGAUGGAGAUUGUUGAUGAUGGAGGUUGUUGAUGGAUGUUGAUGAUGGAUGUUGAUGAUAGAUGUUGAUGAUGGAUGUUGAUGAUGGAUGUUGAUGAUGGAGGUUGAUGAUGGAUGUUGAUGAUGGAUGUUGAUGAUGAUGGAGGUUGUUGAUGAUGGAUGUUGUUGAUGAUGGAGGUUGUUGAUGGAUGUUGAUGAUGGAUGUUGAUGAUGGAUGUUGAUGAUGGAUGUUGAUGAUGGAUGUUGAUGAUGGAGGUUGAUGAUGGAUGUUGAUGAUGGAUGUUGAUGAUGGAGGUUGAUGAUGGAUGUUGAUGAUGGAUGUUGAUGAUGGAUGUUGAUGAUGGAUGUUGAUGAUGGAUGUUGAUGAUGGAGGUUGAUGAUGGAGGUUGAUGAUGGAUGUUGAUGAUGGAUGUUGAUGAUGGAUGUUGAUGAUGAUGGAUGUUGAUGAUGGAUGUUGAUGAUGGAUGUUGAUGAUGGAUGUUGAUGUUCACUGAAUGUGUCCUUACAGAUACAACAAGGAGUCCACGUCCAGGAGAGGUAGAUGGCAAAGGUACAGUAACAUUCUCUGACUCAUAAACACAGAUCAUGUCAGUAAACCCAGAAGGAUAUCAGUGACACUCUCCUGAAUUUGAAUCAAGCUGGUUUUGUAACUUAAAUUCUGCGUUCAAGCCUGAUUGACAAUGAAUUGAUUAUUCUAUUCUCCUGUCCAUUUGAAGAUUACCACUUCUCAAACAGGGAGGCUAUGCAGGAGGAUAUUGAUGAUGGGAAAUACAUUGAGAAUGCUGAGUUUUCCGGCAACCUGUAUGGAACAAGGUAGAGUACAUGUUGAUACAUUCUGUUGACACCAAAAUAUCUUACAUUUAAGGUUGCAAAGUUCUGGUGGUGACUUCCCCAAAAUUCUCAGGCUUUCUAGAAAUCCCAGAUGGAGGAUUCCUGGAAUCAGGAGGGAACAAUCAGGAAAUACAGGUAUUCUCCAACUGGGAUUUAUGGAAAACCUGAUCAUUUUGGGAACAUUACUGGAGUUUUGGAACAGUAUGCUAGCUGAUUGGGUUUUAAGUUCUCCCUACCGGUGAUAUUGAUACAUCAAAAUGAACAAGAACAGUACUUGUUCCACUGGUGACUAGAAUCCAGUAGGGUAUUCUCCUGUCAUGGCUUUGUGAAGAUAUCUUUAACCUCUAUGGGAUCGGUGUCCCGUAUACGGGACGGUUGAGCUAACGUGCGCUAAUGUGAUUAGCAUGACUGUUGUAAGUAACAGCAAACUUUCCAGGACAUAGACAUGACUUAUAUGGGCAGAAAGCUUAAAUCCUUGUUAAUCUAACUGCACUGUCCAAUUUACAGUAGCUAUUACAGUGAAAAAAUACCAUGCUAUUGUUUGAGGAGAGUGCACAACAACAAAAAACUUAUCACGGCAACUGGUUUGAUACAUUCACCUCUGAAGGUAAAUAAUGUACUUACAUUCAAUCAUCUUCCUCGGAUUUGUCAUCCUAAGGAUCCCAGAGAUAAAAUGUAGCACAGUUUUGUUUGAUAAAAUCCAUUUUUAUAUUUGAAUGUAGGAACUGGGUUCUACAGUUUGAACCCCUGCUGUCUCUGGCUCCACACCCACCCCGCCCGGCCAUCUAGAUGUGUGAAAGUUAGUGUAUAAGCUAAUGAUCCAUCAUGUAUGACAUUCCUGGGAGUGUGUAAACUUACAGGUGAAGUCGGAAGUUUACAUACACCUUAGCCAAAUACAUUUAAACUCAUAUUCACAAUUCCUGACAUUUAAUCCUAGUAAAAAUUCCCUGUCUUAGGUCAUUUAGGAUCACCACUUUAUUUUAAGAAUGCGAAAUGUCAGAAUAAUAGUAGAGAGAAUGAUUUAUUUCAGCUUUUAUUUAUUUCAUCACAUUCCCAGUGGGUCAGAUGUUUACAUACACUCAAUUAGCAUUUGGUAGCAUUGCCUUUAAAUUGUUUAACUUGGGUCAAACGUUUUGGGUAGCCUUCCACAAGCUUCCCACAAUAAUUUGGGUGAAUUUUGGCCCAUUCCUCCUGACAGAGCUGGUGUAACUGAGUCAGGUUUGUAGGCCUCCAUGCUCGCACACACUUUUUCAGUUCUGCCCACACAUUUUCUAUAGGAUUGAGUUCAGGGCUUUGUGAUGGCCACUCCAAUACCUUGACUUUGUUGUCCUAAAGCCAUUUUGGUACAACUUUUGAAGUAUGCUUGGGGUCAUUGUCCAUUUGGAAGACCCAUUUGCGACCAAGCUUUAACUUCCUGACUUAUGUCUUGAGAUGUUGCUUCAAUAUAUCCACAUCAUUUUCCUUCCUCAUGAUGCCAUCUAUUUUGUGAAGUGCACCAGUCCCUCCUGCAGUAAAGCACCCCCACAGCAUGAUGCUGCCACCCCCGUGCUUCACAGUUGGGAUGGUGUUCUUCGGCUUGCAAGCACCCCCUUUUUCCUCCAAACAUAACGAUGGUCAUUAUGGGCAAAUAGUUCUAUGUUUGUUUCAUCAGACAAGAGGACAUUUCUCCAAAAAGUAUGAUCUUUGUCCCAAUGUGCAGUUGCAAACCGUAGUGGCGGUUUUGGAGCAGUGGCUUCUUCCUUGCUGAGCGGCCUUUCAGGUGAUGUCGAUAUAGGACUUGUUUUACUGUGGAUAUAGAUACUUUUGUACCUGUUUCCUCCAGUAUCUUCACAAGGUCCUUUGCUGUUGUUCUGGGAUUGAUUUGCACUUUUCGCACCAAAGUACGUUAAUCUCUAGGAGACAGAACGCGUCUCCUUCCUGAGCGGUAUGACAGUUGCAUGGUCCCAUGGUAUUUAUACUUGCGUGCUAUUGUUUGUACAGAUGAACGUGGUACCUUCCGGCAUUUGGAAAAUGCUCCCAAGGAUGAACCAGACUUGUGGAGGUCUACAAUUUUUCUUCUGAGGUCUUGGCUGAUUUCUUUUGAUUUUCCCAUGAUGUCUAGCAAAGAGGCACUGAGUUUGAAGGUAGGCCUUGAAGUACAUCCACAGGUACACCUUCAAUUGACUCCAAUUAUGUCAAUUAACCUAUCAGAAGCUUCCUAUGCCAUGACAUAAUUUUCUGGAAUUGUCCAAGCUGUUUAAAGGCACCGUCAACUUAGUGUAUGUAAAAUUCUGACCCACUGGAAUUGUGAUACAGUGAAUUAUACGUGAAAUAAUAUGUCUGUAAACAAUUGUUGGAAAAAUUACUUGUGUCAUGCACAAAGUAGAUGUCCUAACUGACUUGCCAAAACUAUAGUUUGUUAACAAGAAAUGUGUGGAGUGGUUGAAAAAUGAGUUUUAAUGACUCCAACCUAAGUGUAUGUAAACUUCCGACUUCAACUUUACAUUUUGUAUUACAAUAUCAUUUUUGUAUGUUCUCUAUAGUUAUGUACUUUAAAAGGUAUCAAUUAACCAAUUCGGCACAUUUGGGCAGACUUGAUACAAAAUAGUACAGUAUUGCAAUGCUUCACUGGAUCAAUCUGAAACUUUGCAGACUCACUGCUACCAUCUCAUGGCCAAAAUCUAAAUUGCGCCUAAACUGCAAUAUUAUAUUGGGGCCUUUCUCUUGCAUUUCAAAGAUGAUGGGACAUUUUUUUUUUGAAAACUCAUGUUUUUUUGUUUGUAUUAUCUUUUACCAGAUCUAAUGUGUUUUAUUCUCCUACAUUAAUUUCACAUUUCCACAAACUUCAAAGUGUUUCCUUUCAAAUGGUAUCAGGAAUAUGCAUAUCUUUGCUUCAGGUCCUGAGCUACAGGCAGUUAGAUUUGGGUAUGUCAUUUUAGGCGAAAAUUGAAAAAAAGGGUCCGAUCCUUAAGAGGUUUUAAGGUCUGGUCCAUUGUGAUACCUGGAUUAGCAAAGAGACAGGCCGGGGACAGAAUGAGCUUUUUCCUCCAUUAUACACUGCUCAAAAAAAUAAAGGGAACACUUAAACAACACAAUGUAACUCCAAGUCAAUCACACUUCUGUGAAAUCAAACUGUCCACUUAGGAAGCAACACUGAUUGACAAUACAUUUCACAUGCUGUUGUGCAAAUGGAAUAGACAACAGGUGGAAAUUAUAGGCAAUUAGCAAGACACCCCCAAUAAAGGAGUGGUUCUGCAGGUGGUGACCACAGACCACUUCUCAGUUCCUAUGCUUCCUGGCUGAUGUUUUGGUCACUUUUGAAUGCUGGUGGUGCUUUCACUCUAGUGGUAGCAUGAGACAGAGUCUACAACCCACACAAGUGGCUCAGGUAGUGCAGCUCAUUCAGGAUGGCACAUCAAUGCGAGCUGUGGCAAGAAGGUUUGCUGUGUCUGUCAGCGUAGUGUCCAGAGCAUGGAGGCGUUCCCAGGAGACAGGCCAGUACAUCAGGAGACGUGGAGGAGGCCGUAGGAGGGCAACAACCCAGCAGCAGGACCGCUACCUCCGCCUUUGUGCAAGGAGGAGCAGGAGGAGCACUGCCAAAGCCCUGCAAAAAGACCUCCAGCAGGCCGCAAAUGUGCAUGUGUCUGCUUAAACGGUCAGAAACAGACUCUAUGAGGGUAUUUCUUUGGGGGGCCGCACAGCCCUCCAUGUGCUCGCCAGAGGUAGCCUGACUGCCAUUAGGUACCGAGAUGAGAUCCUCAGACCCCUUGUGAGACCAUAUGCUGGUACGGUUGGCCCUGGGUUCCUCCUAAUGCAAGACAAUGCUAGACCUCAUGUGGCUGGAGUGUGUCAGCAGUUCCUGCAAGAGGAAGGCAUUGAUGCUAUGGACCGCCCGUUCCCCAGACCUGAAUCCAAUUGAGCACAUCUGGGACAUCAUGUCUCGCUCCAUCCACCAACGCCACGUUGCACCACAGACUGUCCAGGAGUUGGCGGAUGCUUUAGUCCAGGUCUGGGAGGAGAUCCCUCAGGAGACCAUCCGCCACCUCAUCAGGAGCAUGCCCAGGCGUUGUAGGGAGGUCAUACAGGCACGUGGAGGCCACACACACUACUGAGCCUCAUUUUGUCUUGUUUUAAGGACAUUACUUCAAAGUAGGAUCAGCCUUUAGUGUGGUUUUCCACUUUAAUUUUGAGUGUGACUCCAAAUCCAGACCUCCAUGGGUUGAUAAAUUUGAUUUCCAUUGAUAAUUUUUGUGUGAUUUUGUUUUCAGCACAUUCAACUAUGUAAAGAAAAAAGUAUUUAAUAAGAUUAUUUCAUUCAUUCAGAUCUAGGAUGUGUUAUUUUAGUGUUCCCUAUGCAGUGUACAUAUCAUGAUAGCACUGGAUAGCACACAGAGCUCAGCACCUGCAGUGUCAUGCUUAAUAUGUCCCUCCCUCCCCUGCUGAGGAUAAGUCUUGACACUAAUGGAGAACCACUGGACCCUGAUAUUAGCUUUUGGUGUUUGGAUUAAUGUUACUAUUCUCUUACCCUAGCCAUACUUUAGCAUGUGAGGAAUAGUCACUGGUGUAAUGUGUCACCCCUCAUCCCCUGUUAUAAGCCUAUUGUACAUAUCUAAGUGGAAAUGUGCAUUAUGUUCUUGUGCUGUUCAAUGGAAUCGUGAAACAAUGAAUGAACAUAACUUAUGUUGUCUAUUUUCUACACAGCAAGUCUUCUGUAGAUGAGGUGAGGGCCAAGGGCCUCAUCUGCAUCCUAGAUGUGGAGAUCCAGGGAGUGAGGAAUAUCAAGGAGACUGAUCUGGACCCCAUCUAUGUUUCUAUCCAGCCCCCCUCUAUUGAGAUCCUGGUAAAGCCCAAUUCAGAUUUCAGAGCUGCCAUAGUCCACAUGGCCCAUCAGGAAACAUUUAUGAACCUCAUUUGAUAUACUCUUAUUGAGGUGCAGAUAUAUGUCGCAAUGGAAUACAGACUAUCGUGGCUCUGCGGCUGUAAACUCUGUAACAAGUCAACAAUCAUACAACGCAGAGAGUUCUACUAUGUAUUUUGGCGUUUCUUAAGGUUUUGAGCUUGGACCCCUAUUAUUUUCUCUAUAUGAUAAUAAUCCUUAGACAUGUCAUCCCAACCUGGUCUCAGAGCAUUUCGUAUUAUUCUGUGCGUAAAUCCGAGACACACCAUUUGGUAUGAUAUGUUACGUUUUGUAUGGUAUAUAUUAAUUUGUGGAUGUCCAUCACCCAUUACGUAUGAUAUGUUACAAAUUACAAUUCGUAUUAUAUGUUACGAAUUUGCAUAACGUACAAUAUGUUACAAAUUAGCUAAAUGUACAAUAUGUUAUGAAUUUGCUAAACCUAUGAUAGGCUACGAAUUCCAAAUAGGUGGGUAGCUGACUAAUGUUAGCUAGGCUCGGGGUUAGGGUUAAGGUUAGGGUUAAGUUUAAGUUUAGGAGUUAGGUUAAAGGGUUAAGGUUGGGGUUAGGGUUAGGUGAAGGGCUAGCUAAAAGGGUUAAAGUUAGGGUUAAGGGAAGAGUUAGCUAACAUGCUAAGUAGUUGCAAAGUAGCUAAAAAAUAGUAAGUAGUUGAAAAGUUGCUAAUUAGCUAAAAUGCUAAAGUUGUCAAUGAUGAGAUUCAAACUUGCAACCUUUGGGUUGCUAGACAUUCGCGUUAUACUCCCACACGUCCACCGCGACCAAUUCCCAUACUUUUCUUUAGGUCUUAUUUAUGGUACCAUACAAAACGUAACAUAGCAUACUAAUAUCAGUGUUCCGGAUUUAUGUUGACUAUGUAACGUCUAGUCUAUAAGACCGAGCUGGUCAUACUUGAGCUGGUGAUAUGAGACUCUUGAAAUGUGUUCUUGAAAUGUACAACUUGUAAUCAUUUUGGGGACCAUUGAUGUUUACAGGAAAAGCGUCUGAGGGACAGAAAUACUGAGACAGAGGAGAGUCUGCAGAAGCGUCUGGCGGCAGCACGGGUUGACAUGGAGCUCAGUAGGUUCCCCGCACUGUCCCAUGUAGACAUGGCCAUACUACAAAUGUUUGGAGAUGGAUGGAACAAAUAAUUAUCUGCGCUAUGCCUUUAACAAAGUGAUUUCAUAAUUAAUUUACCACUCUCCUAUUUUAGGCAACGAGCCAGGAGUGUUUGACAUGCUUAUUGUCAAUGAUGACUUAGAGGAGGCCUAUGAGAAGUUGCAAAGUGUUCUUAUUGAGGUGAGGCUGAAGAGAGGAUGGUUGUCUGCAUGUAGUAUGGGGACAAAGUAUAAUUCUCUAAAUGUCAGUCAGUCGGUAGCAGUGGAGGCUGCUGAGGGGAGGACGGCUCAUAAUAAUGGCUGGAACGGAGUUAAUGGAAUGGUAUCAAACACAUGGAAACCACGUGUUUGAUGUAGAUGAUAUCAAUCCAGCUAUUCCGCUCAAGCCAUUACCAUGAGCGGGUCCUCCACAGUUAAGGUGCCACCAAUCUCCUGUGGUCGGCAGUAGGUGUUGAGCCAUAUUUAUGUGACGGGUUUGUAACUAAACUCGAUAUUCUUAUAUUUGUCUCAACAGGAAAUAACGAAAGUUCAGUCGACCAAGAAAGAAAGAUGCAAUUCGUAAGAAGCAAUUUGUUAUUAUGCAUAUCACAUCCACACAUUUUUCUAUAGAAAAGUAGUUAGUUCAAUUGAGAACCAGCUUUCACUAUUCAAUGUAAAGUAUAGCUUUUCACACUCUUAAUGAUUUUCACUCUUUCAUUUUAUUCAAUCCUCCUCUCCCUCUCCGCCAGUGUUAUGUCAGGACCCAGGCCUGUUGUCAUAAGCGGCCCCUCAGGGGCAGGGAAGAGCACCCUGCUGAAGAGGCUACUGAAGGACUACAAGGGAGUCUUCGGCUUCAGCGUGUCACGUACGUGUUGUGUCACCAGACGCAGUCUCCAGCAGUAGGGCAGCGGUAUCUAUCCCAACUGCCUCAGCCUUAUCUAACCACAGGCUACUUUUCAUAGGAAGUAGGGUGCGACUGGACCACGAGGAAGACCACUGAACACAAAAGAAACCGCAUGCAGUUAGGGUUGUCUUGCAUUGCAUUGAGAGGUUGAGGUUAUUGAUAUCAUUCUGUAUCACAUGAUCACAGAAUAGGAUGGAUGUUGAAUUGAUGCUCACUGAAUGUGUCCUUACAGAUACAACACGGGACCCACGUCCAGGAGAGAUAGAUGGCAAAGGUACAGUAAAAUAUUCUCACUCAAAAACACAGAUCAUGUCAGUAAACCAGUAAAAAUUAUUUAAGGGUGUUUUCAAAUAUAGUCCUCUUAAAAAAUAUAUAUAUCUCAGUCCUCUUUAAAGUGAACUCUAGGGUAAAAAAAAGAAAGAAAAAGAACUCAGUCCUCUUUGUGUUCACACUGCCCUUGCCUUUGAAUGAGGACAACUCUUUUGCCAGUUCACUUCACCUAGUUUGUGGACCGAGUCCUUUUUGCAUUCACAUUGCUAUACUUAGAAAGGAACCAAGAUCUUUUUCCAACAUGAACUCUGGGUUUUUACAAAGUGCAGGACAAGCCAUUCAAUCAGAAUGUGUUAUGGACAGCUAGAUAUACUGUACCUACUUACAUUUUGGAAGCUAAUAGAUUGAAUUUAAUUAAAGUAUGAGACAUAAUAAUUGUAAUCAGAAGAUACAAUUAAGAUGUACAUUUGAUUGCUAACAGAAUAAAUAGCAAUGGAAUAAAUGCAGAAUAAAUAAUGCUAAAAGUAAAAUUGUGCACCCAAGGUAGGCUACUGCCCCUUUAAGAGCUAGAAUAAAUGUUGUACCCUUUGUUUUGAUUCAUAACAAAUAGGUUGUUGUCUUCUCACACUAUUCAAACCCCACAAUCAAUGAACAGCUUGUGAAGCUCUCUUAGCCUAUAGAUCACAUAUUGCUAACAAAUAAUGUGAACUAAAAACUUUUGGAAUUUCUGUGCAUCCUUGACAAUCACUAAUCAAUAUCCAAAAACAGCACAAUUGUUUUCCCGCGAACCUGCACACCAUCAUCUUCUCUCUUUUGUGGCACCAAUGUGAGGGGUUAUGUCAGGGGAAACGGUCUUGGAGUAGUCUAGUGUGUGGUGCGGGAAUAGUGACAAGCGAACCUGGGGAGCUUUGUGUUCACAUUGCCCUAAAAAAGGGAAAUAUACCCUAAGAUACUUUUUGAAGAGGUAGGGUUUCAGAUGUUUUCGGAAGAUGGACAGGGACUCUGCUGUCCUAGCUUCAGGGGGAAGCUGGUUCCACCAUUGCGGUGCAAGGACAGAGAAGAGCUUGGACUGGGCUGAGUGUAGGGGUGGGAGGGCCAAGAGACCAGCGGUGGAAGAACGAAGUGCUCGGGUUGGGGUGUAGGGUUUGAGCAUAGUCUGAAGGUAGAGAUGGGCAGUUCCUCUUGCUGCUCCGUAGGUUUGUACUGUAGUCUUGUAGUGGCAGUGCCAUGACAACCUGGUCUCAGAGUAAAAUGUAUUAUAUUUUACAAAAAUCCACGCCACUCCAUUUAGAAUGAUAUGUUACUUUAGGUUACAUUAGCCUAAAUAUGUAAUAGCAGUCGUACAAUAUAAUAUGAAUUGUAGGACGUAUAGUAUCCUACAUCUUGACAGUUUAGUAUGAUAUGCUACUUUUGACUGCUUUAGCAUGAUAUACUGGGGCCCCUCAGGGGUGCGUGCUUAGUCCCCUCCUGUACUCCCUGUUCACCCAUGACUGCGUGCCCAAACACGACUCCAACACCAUCAUUAAGUUUGUUGAUGACACAACAGUGGUAGGCCUGAUCACCGACAACGAUGAGACAGCCUAUAGGGAGGAGGUCAGAGAUCUGGCAGUGUGGUGCCAGUACAACAACCUCUCCCUCAAUGGAGCUGAUCGUUAACCCCCCCCCCCCCCCCGUUUAUUAUCUAUGCAUAGUCACUUUACCCCUACCUACAUGUACAAAUUACCUCGACUAACCUGUACCCCCGCACAUUGACUUGGUGCCAGUACCCCCUGUAUAUAGCCUCGUUAUUGUUAUUUUAUUGUUACAUAUUUCUAUUGUUUAUUUUUUUUACUUUAGUUUAUUUAGUAAAUAUUUUCUUAACUCUAUUUCUUGAACUGCAUUGUUGGUUAAGGGCUUGUAAGUAAGCAUUUCAUGGUAAUGUCUACACCUUUUGUAUUCGGCGCAUGUGACAAAUAAAAUUUGAUAGGGUACAUUUACAUUUAAGUAGACGCUCUUAUCCAGUGAGUGCAUACAUUUUUUUUUAUAUAUAGAAAAAAAAAAAAAUCAUACUGGCCCCCUGUGGGAAUCGAACCCACAACCCUGGCGUUGCAAACGCCAUGCUCUACCAACUGAGCUACAUCCCUGCCGGCCAUUCCCUCCCCUACCCUGGACGACGCUAGGCCAAUUGUGCGCCACCCCAUGGGUCUCCCGGCUACGACAGAGCCUGGAUUCGAACCAGGAUCUCUAGUGGCACAGACCACUGCGCCACUCGGGAGAUACGGGAGGUUAGGGGUUAAUGUUAGGGUUAGGAGUUAGGUUAUAGGGUGUCAUGACGUGACUUUCAUUAUUGUGAUGACAAUUAUUUAUCUAAUAAUUACCUACUAUGUUUAAUUGUUACUAGAUUAAAUAAAUCAUGUCACAAUUAACUCAAUAGGAAUUUGGGGCACCACGCGAAAAGUUGUUUAAUGAGUUACCGCUUCCCGAAUUAACUCUAAAGAGAUCUAGAUAUCGCUUAUCAUUUCACAGUCAUUUAUUAAUCCUUUACCUCAUAUCAGUCUCAUUCUGAAAGUCGUAGGCUCUUUAAGUCUGCACGAACCCGGGUCUUACUGAUCAUUCUGUACCACAAAAAUUGAUUUUUUAUUUAUUUACUAAUUUAAAAUGAUAACACAAGAUACAAACAUGUACACAGUAUAGGUAGGGAUUAGAAACAUAAUACAAUGAAAACGGGUCCCUAGCGGACUAACACAAUAUGACACUUGUUACAAAAGAUGGCGAGCUAAAGGGAGAGAGAGAGAGAGAGAGAGAGAGAGAGAGAGAGAGGGAGAGAGAGGGGAGAGAGAGAGAGAGAGAGAGAGAGAGAGAGAGAGAGAGAGAGAGAGAGAGAGAGAGAGAGAGAGGAGAGAGAGAGAGAGAGGAGAGAGAGAGAGAGAGAGAGAGAAAACACUUGGAAACACAUGGACCUAUGCUCACAGUAAUCCUAAUACUUUGCCCCGAACUGCCGCCCGUUUGGGAAGAAAAGUAAUGCAUGUAUUUACGUGUUGGGGGUCUUCGUCGUGUAUCUCUGUUGGACCCAGGCCUUCGUGGGAAGGGGUCGAUUGGGCCUUCUCUUUCGGAUGGCCUUUUAGCUGUAAGGCUCAGAUUGUCCGCAAGAGGUCACAAUGUCCUUCUUCUUAGUUGUCUGUUUACUUUCACUCGUUCUGGAAGUGGUCUUCUGAGGACGGCUAAUCCACCGUGUCGAUGAUCCCCUGUGGGGUGAUGAGAGCAGUGUAGUUGAGGAUGGCUUGAAGAGAGUAACAGGAUGGUCCCACUUAAAUUCACCUUCUUAGAUACAGUACUUAGAACAGCUACUCAGCCGUAACAUUGAUUGUUAGUGGAGGCAACUUUGUCGUCUUCACCUCGUGUUGAUUUUCAGGGUCGGGACCAAUAUGGACAAAAGCUGCAGCUUGAGGUCCGUCUAGUCUGAUCUGAUAAUUCUUAUCUCAAUCUUUUAUGCACUCAGGUAAAGAAGGGUGUUUCCGUCAUACUGACACGCUCUCUGAGCUCCCUCGGGCAUGGCUAGUUUCGAGACAAAAGUAUUAUCAUCACUAUGAUUUUGUUAAUAAUAAUAAUAAUAAUAUGCCAUUUAGCAGACGCUUUUAUCCAAAGCGACUUACAGUCAUGCGUGCAUACAUUUUUGUGUAUGGGUGGUCCCGGGGAUCGAACCCACUACCUUGGCGUUACAAGCGCCGUGCUCUACAGAAGCUAAAAUCACAUCCAUAUCUUCAUGAAAACAUUGUCUUCCUCCUUGAUAUUUUCUACACAAGGUAAAGGAUGUAUACCUGAUAUCCACAGUGUAAAAGCUCUUCAAGUCACAAUGUUUUCCUUAUAACGCCUUUAUACCAUUUUUAAUGACAUCACAAAAUAGACAUUCAUUUUCCAUAUUCCAUUUCUCAUCAUUCCCAACAUUUGGAUGUUGAAAUAUACUGUCCCAAUGUUCAUUGUUGGAUGUUUAAGUUUUUGGGCGGCAAAAAGUCUCUGAAACAAAGGCUUUUCUUUCACCAUACUAGAAUGCCAGAGACAGAUUAUCCUCUCUAAUUUAUGGCAGUAUUAAGGUGUCAAGACCACACCUGUGGGUAAGAGGGUCUGGUUGUUGUCAGCCAUUUCACUUUAUAAAGCCACCCAACCACCCUGACCAGCCACUCUCCUUUUGUUUUUGCCUUAAGUAACCUACUGUCACACCGAACAUAACAUAUCAUACUAAUUUAAGUGUCCCAGAUUUAUGUUGGCCAAUGUAAUGUAACCGAACGUAAAGUAACAUACAGUAUCAUACUAAAUGGAACGGCACACAUUUUUGUAAAAUAUAAUACGUUUUGCUCUGAGACCUGGCUGGCCAUGUUGAGUGUGGUGGAAGCUUCCUGCUCACAAUUGUAAUAUUUCUGCAUAGACUAUUGCUGUUCAGACGACAGCUGACUGAAGAGCUAAAAGUUAUGUGUUUUCUAUCUUAAAUAAGUAUACGUAAAGACUGGAGACAAUGUUAAACCUUUUACUGCAGUGGGCUAAAUCAGGGUCACACAGAGUGCUUCUUGGUAGUCUUAAACAAAUCUACUUUGAAACAAAAUAUACACCUCACACACAUGGUUAUGGCCUUAAAAAAAGAAGACACCUGUACAUUAUUAGAAACAAAGGUGCUAUCUAGAACCUAAAAUGGUUCUUCGGCUGUCCCCAAAGGAUAACCCUUUGAAUAACUAUUUUUGGUUCCAGGUAGAACCCUUUUGGUUUCCAUGUAGAGGGUUCUACAUGGAACCCAAAAGGGUUCCAUGUAGAACCAAAAAGGGUUCUCCUAUGGGGACAGUCGUAGAACCCUUUUUUCUAAGAGUGUACCAUGUCAGAUAUAGAGUUGAAAUGUAUUCAAUUUUGAGUUUGCGUCCCAAUAUUACAAUUUAUAUACAUCACAGAAGACUGAAAAAUAUAAAAACCAUUUGACAUAGAAACACCAGAUUUUCUGCAAUUAAAAAAAAGUAAUGUUUAUUAAUGAAUUAUGAAAUUAUGAAAACAUUUAAUAACGUUCCACUCAUGAGGCCACUAGGUCAUUUGACUGCAAGAAAGGGCUACAGAUAAUGCAUGUAUUUGCAUGACAUAUUACAGAGAUAAUGUACAGUAGAGUAUCCAGUCAUUUGUGUUGACUAGACUCAUGGCUUUUGAGCCAUUAUAUACAUUUUUCUAGAUUUUUUGAAAUUCUUACAUUUAGCCUAAUAUAUAUAUAUAUAUAUAUAUAUAUAUAUAUAUAUAUAUAUAUAUAUAUAUAUAUAUAUAUAUAUAUAUAUAUAUAUAUAUAUAUAUAUAUAUAUUAAACCUACUACUUCCAGCUUUUCUGUACCUAUGGACCUCCAUCACUACCUUGUUGCCCUCUUUUGUUUUUGUUCCAACACAACCUUCACACCACCUCUUCACCUACACGCCCCAGCCUAUUCCAUUCCUACUGACACUGAAGCUCCAAUGCUUCUUACUCCCAAGUGAACUGCACCAGUGGCUCUCCAAAUGAUCCCCCUGGAAGAUACAGCGAUAAACAUUAUUUCUUGUGUCUUUUUUUGUUUUCUCCAUAGGCCUGUUCUGUCUGCCUAUGCUUCUGGGGGCUACCUUACUGCCCCUAGCAGACGUCCUAUCGUCUGUUUCAUCUGCAGGUGUAGCUAUCUCCUAUUCAUUUUGUAUUCAUUCGAACCAAUUCUAAAUGCGAUUCAUAAAAACAUUGCUAAGAGAGAGUGAUGGGGGUUACUUUCAUCUUCCUAGUAUAGAGUGACCAAACUAAACAAUACCAAGGGCAUACUAGUUAUGGUAAAUAGACUACAUCUAAUAUUUUCACGAAUACAAAUGCCAGUUUGCACUUUGGGGUAAAAAGCUUUUGAAAAUAGCCCCCUGUGAUUCCUCAGUAGUGGAUACCCUCUCCUGACCCCCCAAAAAAAUAAGUAUUCACACCCAUAAAAUGUCUGUUAUGUACCCACCAUUAGCAUCACAGCAUUUUGUUGAAAUUGAUAGGCUUCAUAGUACUGCCAUUUGUUUAAUAUUUGAUAUACUCCAGUUCAGUAAUAUUAAUUGAAAGUAUGGAUCAUAGCUGCUAGUACAGUCUGGUCCUGUUGUCAAGGCAGAUAUCUUUAGGACUAUUCUAUUAAUUUUAUCAAUAUACCUGUGAUUUCCUACGACUUAUGCAAUAAUAGUUUUUGAGGAAGAUCGCUGUUUGAUGUAUUCUGUUUCCCCCCCCAGGAAUGUGGAUAAUGGAGAGAGUUAAGGCUUGAUGUCUUGUUUAGUUGAGCUCUAGUUUUAUAUAUUUAGAUGUUUUAAAUAACGCAGUAACUUCACCACCACGACUAUGACCUUUGCUGGAUUAAGUCUGAUGUGAUAGUUCAUUAGUCUAUUAGUUUGAGUUUUUAUAUAUAAUUUUGUAGUUACAAACCAUUGCUAUGACCUUCAUAGAGAGCAUUUUCACCUUUAUUUACAUCUAUUGCAAUCCUCUCUUUUCCCAGUGAGACAUCUAUCUUUUACCAGGAGAUAUUUGAAUGUGCUGGAAUUCCUUCUCAAUCUGAACACACCUGUCAUGUUGUAAUGCUAAUGAGUAUGUGUUGAUAUGAGUUGCUGUAGGUUCAUUAUGAGCAUUGUUGUCCCUGUUGAAGUGAUCGUGACAAGGUUGUCCUGUGUUUCCUACAGACUUCCCCCCACUGUAUUAGAUCCACUGUGACUGUGAUGUUGUGAAGGAAUAAUAUAAUCCCAAUGUAGGGGACAGUAAUGUGUUAGUUUGAUGUGUGCCCUGUACACCGUCUCUCUUACUGUUCUAUACUGUAUAUAUCAUUUUACAUUUUACAUUACAUUACAUUUACAUUUUAGUCAUUUAGCAGACGCUCUUAUCCAGAGCGACUUACAGGAGCAAUUAGGGUUAAGUGCCUUGCUCAAGGGCACAUUUAUAUUGUUCCUCUUGCACCCAGACCUUGGCAAAAAAAAAGAACAGCGUGUCUUUUUUGCCCAUUUCUAAUCACCUUCCACCUUUCAUACUUGGGGGUCAUUCAUUGUGUGAAUUGCUUGUAGUGACGUCAGUGUUAAUUUCCCUAAUUGCUUGUAGUGAUGUGAAAUUAAAUGUCCCUAUCUACCCAUACUUAUCCUUGCAUUCUUUGUAUAUCACUCUUUUUUAGUGCCUGAAUACUAAUCAUUAUAAAUGUACUGUACCCUGUGAAUUUACCCAUGAUUAAUUUGAGAGAACUCCAUCCAGCCUGACUGAUCAUUAACUGCUUCUUCAUCUCUCCUGUCUGUUUCAAGAUUACCACUUCACAAACAGGGAGGCUAUGCAGGAGGAUAUUGACACGGGAGAAUUCAUUGAGACUGAUGAGUUUUCUGGCAACCUGUAUGGAACAAGGUAGAGUACAUUUUCUGAACUUUUUGUUGGCACCAAAAUGUCUUACAGUAUGAAACGGUGAUAAUCAGUGAUGUCAUUUUCUAGUUUGUUCGGUGGACUCGUGCAUGCAAUGAAUAAACAUUGCUAUGUUGUUUGUUUUCUCCACAGUAAGUGUGCUGUACAGGACGUGAGGGCCAAGGGCCUCAUUUGCAUCUUGGAUGUGGAUAUCGCGGGAGUGAGGCACAUCAAGGAGUCUGACCUGGACCCCAUCUAUGUUUCUAUCCAGCCCCCCUCCAUUGAGGUCCUGGUAAGAGUCCACAACCAUACAUUGCACAGCGAUCUUCUACUGCAAGAUUCCGCAACAGGCGACACAUUCGGCCCACAAGCAAUAUUUAUUUGCCCCCCAAAGUUUUAAAGUUAUAAAAUAGAAAAAAUCUGUUGUUGGAAAAAGGAGACUGUAAAAUCACCAGAAAUUCAGCUAAUGAUUUUAAUUUAUAAAAUCUGUUCCCAACUAUCCCCAUGGAGAAAAAUAAGGACAUAUUUGAUUGUGUCUCAAUGUACUCAAGGUAUUAAAUGAUUGUGUUAUUGUGAAAUACAUAAUACAUUUGAGAUUAUUUGUGGCCCAUUUGCAGUGUACAAAUUAUUAGGUGUUCACAGCGAAGCUCCAGCAUAGAUUGGCAACUUUUUUUCUAAUUUGGCACACAUAAACUAGAGGCCAUGAGUAAGUUGGUCAAGGAGAAUGGCACUGAUUGGCUUAUAGGUAUCGCUGUUGUAAGAAGUCUUACUUAAACCCUUAUAUCCGCCUCCCCGUUUGACCUGAAACUUUGUAUGUAGGUGUCUUUCCUCAUGCUGAACAAAUUUGCCUCAAGGACCAUUAAGGUCCGUCGUGAUAGAUAUUCCUCCAUCUUGGACAUUUUGGAAAACCUUUGAAAAAUGUAUUCUCAUGAACCAUAAGUCCAAAUUACGCCAAAUUCGGUAUAAAGGCCCAUGAUAUUUUGAGAAAAGCUAAGGGAUUGGUUAAGAGAUGGCGGAGUUAUUGAUAAAUCAGAAAUCUGAUUUUACGUCUCCAAUUAAAUCCUUUGUAAACGUUUUAGUGUCAUCAAAGACAUUACCAUGAUGAACCAGGUUAAGUUUGGCAUUGAUAUCUUACAAAAUAAGUAAACGGUUUACAAUUCACUUGUUUGACUAUGUAAUGCUAAUGCUUAAAAUAAUCCAAAGAAAACUACUUCUCAUGGACUAAAAGUCGGAUUCAAUCCAAAUUUGGUCUUUGGACUCAUUACAAUAGUCCCUAAAGAGUCUGAGAAACUAACUCUGCUGCAUUCAAAGAUGGCCACACUAUACCAGUAGAUGCAUAUUAUUAGCACAUAUGCUUAUGAUAAAAAUACCCAAACCCUCUUCUUCUCAUGAACCAUAAAUCAGAUUGAAUCCAGAUCUGGUAUAUAGACUCAAUUAAUUAGCCUAUAAGGAAUUGUAGAAUGACUAGUUGCUGCAUUCAAAGUCAACCAUGAUACACCACUAGAUAGCACCAUAUCACAAAAGGGCUAUAAAACUGAACCGAUGGACAUGGGGCCAUGUUAUGUAAACCUUAUGUAGAGUGCCUUCCAUGCCUUCAGAAAGUAUUCAUACCCCUUGACUUAUUCCACAUUUUGUUUUGUUACACCCUGAAUUCAAAAUUGAUUAAAUUCAUUAUUUUCUCCCACCCAUCUUCACACAAUACCCCAUAAUGAUAAAGUGAAAACGUGUUUUAAGAAAGUUUUGCAAAUUUAUUGAAAAGGAAAUACAGAAAUAUUUCAUUUAAAAAUGAAAUACAGAAAUAUUUCAUUUACAUAAGAAUUCACACCCCUGAGACAAUACUUAGUAGAAGCACCUUUGGCAUCGAUUACAGCAGUGAGUCUUUCUGGGUAAGUCUCUAAAAGCUUUCUACACCUGGAUUGUGCAAAUUGGUUGUUGAUUAUUGCUAGACAACCAUUUUCAGGUCUUACCAUAGAUUCUUAAGUAGAUUUAAGUCAAAACUGUAACUUGGCCACUUAGGAACAUUCACUGUCUUCUUGGUAAGCAACUCCAGUGUAGAUUUGGCCUUGUGUUUUAGGUUAUUGUCCUGCUAAAAGGUGAAUUAAUCUCCCAGUGUCUGGUGGAAAGCAGACUGAACCAGGUUUUCCUCUAGGAUUUUGCCUGUGCUUAGAUCCAUUCCGUUUAUUUUUAUCCUGAAAAACUCCCCAUUCCUUCAUGAUUACAAGCAUACCCAUAACAUGAUAAAGCCACCACUAUGCUUGAAAAUAUGGUACUCAGUAAUGUGUUGUAUUGGAUUUGCCCCAAACAUGACACCUUGUAUUCAGGACAAAAAGUGAAUUGAUCUGCCACAUUGUUAGCAAUUUUACUUUACUGCCUUGAUGCAAACAGGAUGCAUGUUUUGGAAUAUUUUUUAUUCUGUACAGGUUUCCUUCUUUUCACUCUGUCAAUUAGAUUAAUAUUGUGGAGUAACUACAAUGUUGCUAAUCCAUCCUCAGCUUUCUCAUACCACAGCCAUUAAACUCUGUAACUGUUUUAAAGUCACCAUUGGCCUCAUGGUGAAAUCCCUGAGCGGUUUCCUUCCUCUCCGGCAACUGAGGACGCCUGUAUCUAUGUAGUGACUGGGUGCAUUGAUGCACCAUUCAAAGUGUAAUUAAUAACUUCACCAUGGUCAAAGGGAUAUUCAAUGUCUGCUUUUAUUUUAAUUUUUACCCAUCUACCAAUAGGUGCCCUUUGCGAGCCAUUGGAAAACCUCCCUGGUCUUUGUGGUUGAAUAUGUGUUUGAAAUUCACUGCUCGACUGAAGGACCUUACAGUUAAUUGUAUGUGUGGGGUACAUAGAUGAGGUAGUCAUUCAAAUAUCAUGUUAAACACUAUUAUUGCAUGCAGAGUGAGUCCAUGCAACUUAUUAUGUGACUUGUUAAGCAAAUUCUUUCUCCUGAAUUUCUUUAGGCUUGCCAUAACAAAGGGGUUGGAUACUUAUUGACUCAAGACAUUUCAGCAUUUCUUUUUGAAUUAAAUUAAAUUAAAAUUAAAUUAAAUUUCGAAAAACAUAAUUCCACUUUGACAUUAUGGGGUAUUGUGUGUAUGCCAGUGAUAUUCAAUUCAGGCUCUAACACAUUUUUUUUUUUUUAUGUCAAGGAGUGUGAAUACUUUCUGAAUGUCCUUGGAAGCUGUGUGAAUAUAAAGUCACUGCAACCUGAGAUGGCUGCACCAGACCAGAUGGUGGCACUAUAGAUGUCAUUGGCACCAGAGGACACUAGAGCAAUAACUGUUGAUCAACUGGACUUUGUCUCAUGCAAAUUCAUGUUAGAUUUAGAUUAUGCAGACAAAUAAUGUGAAAUAUCAUGAUUACUAUAUCUGUAUAAUCACCUAUUGUUACAUUUACACUUUAGUAGAUGCUCUUAUCCAGAGUAACUUGCAGGAGUGUUUAGGGUUCAGUGCCUUGUUGCACAUCAAAAUAUUUUUCACGUAGUCAGCUCAGGGAUUCGAAGCAGCGACCUUUCAGUUACUGGCCCAACGUUCUUAACCGUUAGGCUACCUUCUGCCCUAUGAAUCAUUUACACUAACUAGAUUCAACUUAACUUGCGUCAUCCUUGUGGUAUUGAGAGAUAAACAUGGUAAUGUUUUCACUGAUUGCACAUAAAGGAAGAUAGUUCCUACAUGAUAGAGUGCUUGCUUUGUUAUCCAACUGAUUUUGUGUUAUUUCUGUCAUCCUGUGAACCCCGUUCAUUGCUGCUAUAUUUAUAAGUAUGUUCCGGACAAAUAACCAUUUGCUCAGAAAAAAAAUCAGACUGCGGCUGAAUCUAGUUGCCUACAACUCUUCUACUGUGCAGUUUAACUUUAUGUAUGCUUGCUAGACCUGAGAUGGCCACAUGGCAAGUUUGUUCUUGAAAUGUAUAAACAAAAAAUGUUUGGGGAACAUUGAUGUGUACAGGAAGAGCGUCUGAGGGGUAGAGCGACGGAGACAGAGGAGAAAAUCCAGAGCCGCCUGGAAGCAGCACGGAUUGACAUGGAGGAGUGUAGGUCCUCUUUACUGUCCUAUGUAAACAUAGGGGAGUGUAGGUCCUCUUUACUGUCCUAUGUAAACAUGGAGGAGUGUAGUUCCUCUUUACUGUCCUAUGUAAACAUGGAGGAGUGUAGUUCCUCUUUACUGUCCUAUGUAAACACGGAGGAGUGUAGGUCCUCUUUACUGUCCUAUGUAAACAUGGAGGAGUGUAGUUCCUCUUUAAUGUCCUAUGUAAACACGGAGGAGUGUAGUUCCUCUUUACUGUCCUAUGUAAACAUGGAGGAGUGUAGUUCCUCUUUACUGUCCUAUGUAAACAUGGAGGAGUGUAGGUCCUCUUUACUGUCCUAUGUAAACAUUGAGGAGUGUAGGUCCUCUUUACUGUCCUAUGUAAACAUGGAGGAGUGUAGGUCCUCUUUACUGUCCUAUGUAAACAUGGAGGAGUGUAGGUCCUCUUUACUGUCCUAUGUAAACAUGGAGGAGUGUAGGUCCUCUUUACUGUCCUAUGUAAACAUGGAGGAAUGUAGUUCCUCUUUACUGUCCUAUGUAAACUGGUUUUAAACCUACAAAUGUUUGAGGGAUGUGAAUUGAAGUAAGGACAGUCCAUUACAUGCCAUUGACAAUUAUUUAUUUUAAGUGUUUUCAUGAUUUUUUCUUCACUCUUCUAUUUUAGGCAACCAGCCUGGAUUGUUUGACAUUGUCAUUGUCAACGAUGACUUGGAUGAGUCCUAUGAGAAGUUGCAAAGUGUUCUUAAGGAGGUGAGUCUGAAAAGAAGAUGGCUGACUAAUGACUAGAUACAGGAGGUGUGGUUGACUAAAUAAAGGAGGUGUUGAUGCCUAGAUACAGGAGGUGUUGAUUAAAUUCAGGAGGUUUUGUUGAGGAGAUACAGGAGGUGUUGACUAGAUACAGGAGGAAUUGACUAGAUACAGGAGAUGUGGUUGACUAAAUAAAGGAGGUGUUGAUGCCUAGAUACAGGAUGUAUUGUUGACUAUAUACAGGAGUUGUUGAUGACUAUAUACAGGAGGUGUUGACUAGAUACAGGAAGUGUUGACUAGAUACAGGUGUUGUUGUUGACUAGAUACAGGAGGUGUUGUUGACUAAGUACAGGAGGUGUUGAUAACUAGAUACAGGACGUGUUGACUAGAUACAAGAGGUAUUGACUAGAUACAGGAGUUGUUGUUGACUAGAUACAGGAGGUGUUGAUGACUAGAUACAAGAGGUGAUGACUAGAUAAUUGAAGUGUUGACUAGACACAGGCAGUGUUGAUGACUAGAUACAGGAAGUGUUGACUAGAUACAGAAGUUGUUGUUGACUAGAUACAGGAGGUCUUGUUGACUAGGUACAGGAAGUGUUGAUGACUAGAUACAGGAGGUGUUGACUAGAUACAGUAGGUAUUGUUGACUAGAUAAAGGAGGUGUUGAUGACUAGAUACAGGAGAUGUUGACUAGAUACAUGAGGUGUUGACUAGAUACAGGAGGUGUGAUGACUAGAUACAGGAGGUGUGACUAGAUACAGGCGGUGUUGAUGACUAGAUACAAGAGGUGUUGACUACAUAAUUUAGGUGUUGACUAGAUACUGGAGGUGUGACUAGAUACAGGGGGUGUUGACUAGAUACAGGAUGUGUUGUUGACUAGAUACAGGAGGUUUGUUGACAAGGUAGAGGAGGUGCUGAUGUCUAGAUACAGGAGGUGUUGAUGACUAAAUACAGGAGGUGUUGAUGAAUGGUUACAGAAGGUGUUGACUAGAUACAAGAGGUGUUGUUGACUAGAUAAAGGAGGUGUUAAUGACUAGAUAAUUGAGGUGUUGACUAGGUACAGGAGGUAUUGAUGACUAGAUACAGGAGGUGUUGACUAGAUACAAGAGGUGUUGUUGACUAGAUAAAGGAGGUGUUGAUGACUAGAUAAUUGAGGUGCUGACUAGGUACAGGAGGUAUUGAUGACUAGAUACAGGAGGUGUUGACUAGAUACAAGAGGUGUUGUUGACUAGAUAAAGGAGGUGUUGAUGACUAGAUAAUUGAGGUGCUGACUAGGUAGAGGAGGUGCUGAUGACUAGAUACAGGCGGUAUUGAUGACUAAAUACAUGAGGUCUUGACUAGAUACAGCAGGUGUUGAUGACUAGAUACAAGAGGUGUUGAUGAAUAGAUACAGGAGGUGUUGACUAGAUACAGGAGCAGUUGUUGAUUAGAUUAGAUGGCCCCGUUUAGCUCAGUUGGUAGAGCAUGGCGCUUGCAACGCCAGGGUUGUGGGUUCGAUUCCCAUGGGGGACCAGUAUGAGAAAAAAAAAUUAUGCACUCACUAACUGCAAGUCGCUCUGGACAAGAGCAUCUGCUAAAUGACUAAAAUGGAAAUGUAUUUAAGGGGGUGUAGAUAAUUGAGGUGUUGGCUAGGUACAGGAGGCAUUGAUGACUAGAUACAGGAGGUGUUGACUAUAUACAGAAGGAAUUGUUGAUUAGAUAAAGGAGGUGCUGAUGACUACAUAAUUGAAGUGUUGACUAGGUACAGGAGGUAUAAUGACUAGAUACAGGAGGUGUUGACUAGAUACAGGAGGUAUUGUUGAUUAGAUACAGGAGGUAUGACUAGAUACAGCAGUUGAUGACUAGAUACAAUAGGGGUGGACUUGAUACAGGAGAUAUCAACUAGAAUUGUUGAUUAGAUAAAGGAGGUGUUGAUGACUAGAUAUUUGAGGUGUUGACUAUGUACAGGAGGUGUUGACUAGGUACAAGACGUGUUGUUGACUACAUAAAGGAGGUGCUGAUGACUAGAUAAUUGAAGUGUUGACUAGGUACACGAGGUAUAAUGACUAGAUACAAGAGGUGUUGAUUAGAUUCAGGAGGUGUUAUUGACUACAUACAGGAGGCGUUGACUAGAUACUUGAGGUGUUGACUAGAUACAGGUGGUGUUGAUGACUAGAUACAGGAUGUGUUGACUAGACAGAGGCGGUGUUGAUGACCAGCUAAAGGAGGUAUUGACUAGAUACAGGAGGUGUGUCACGAACGUUAGACGGAGUAGACCAAUGCGCAGCGUUAGUUGCAAACAUACUUAAACUUUAUUAUCUUUAGUGAUAAUAUAAACAACAAAAGAAACGUGCAGUCCUACGGUUUACACAUCCAACACGGAAACAAACCAAACGGAAACAAGAUCCCACAACUACUGUGGGAAAACAGCCUGUUUAAAUGUGGUUCCCAAUCAGAGACAACCAGCCACAGCUGACACUCGUUGCCUCUGAUUGAGAACCACACUGGCCAACAUAGAAAUGAACCAACUAGAACUACAACACACAUCUACACACCCUGGCUCAACAUAACAGUGUCCCCAGAGCCAGGGCGUGACAGUACCCCCCCCUAAAGGCGCGGACUCCGACCGCGUCAACUAAAUACCACAGGGGAGGGACCGGGUGGACACUCCGCCUUGGCGGCGGAUCCGGCUCCGGGCCUGAUCCCCACUCCCUCUCCAACCCCCCAAAGUACCCCUGGUCCGGUCUGGCCCCGCUGACCGGAGCUGGACUGCACACUGGUGGAGCGGAUUGCUCUAGCUCCGGCGUGAAGCAGCUGACCGGUGCCGGACCAGGCACCGGUGGAACAGGCACGGGCCGUGCCGGACUGACGACGCACACCACUGGGUUGGUGUGGGGAGCAGGAGCGGACCGGACCGGGCUGGCGACGCACACCACUGGCUUGGUGUGGGGAACAGACACGGGCUGUGCCGGACUGACGACGCACACCACUGGCUUGGUGUGGGGAGCAGGAGCGGACCGGACCGGGCUGGCGACGCACACCACUGGCUUGGUGUGGGGAACAGGCACGGGCUGUGCCGGACUGACGACGCACACCACUGGCUUGGUGUGGGGAGCAGGAGCGGGCCGGACCGUGCUGGCGACGCACACCACUGGCUUGGUGUGGGGAACAGGCACGGGCCGUGCCGGACUGACGACGCACACCACUGGCUUGGUGUGGGGAGCAGGAGCGGACCGGACCGGGCUGGCGACGCACACCACUGGCUUGGUGUGGGGAACAGGCACGGGCCGUGCCGGACUGACGACGCACACCACUGGCUUGGUGUGGGGAGCAGGAGCGGGCCGGACCGGGCUGGCGACGCGCACCACAGGCUCGAUGCGAGGAACAGGAACAGGCCGGACCGUACUGGGGACACACACCACUGGCCCUAUGCAGGGAUCAGGAACGGGCCGGACCGGACUGGUAACACACCCCAGUACCUCUCGCCGUGCCUCUACACCUUCCUUCCCCUCUUCGACCAGUGGCCGCCGUAACCUGGCGGCCUCCUCUGCCAACCCGCUGGGCUGCUCUGUCGCGGUCUCCUGCUGCCCCGUCGUCCACGGCGUUAGCCCCCCCCCUAAAAAUGUUAUGGGCUUCACUCCUACCCGUGGACCAGGUCUCCAUACUUUUUGCCAGCCUUUCGCCCUUCUGCUUCCACGUCAAGCCCCUCUCUUCCUCACAUGGCUUGACCCAGUUGAGGAGGCGAAGGAGAUCCGCUAGAGAUCUCUCAGGCGAUGGCUCCUGGACUUGCUGCUUGGUCCAGUCUUGGUGGGAUCUUCUGUCACGAACGUUAGACGGAGUAGACCAAUGCGCAGCGUUAGUUGCAAACAUACUUAAACUUUAUUAUCUUUAGUGAUAAUAUAAACAACAAACAAAACGUGCAGUCCUACGGUUUACACAUCCAACACGGAAACAAACCAAACGGAAACAAGAUCCCACAACUACUGUGGGAAAACAGCCUGUUUAAAUGUGGUUCCCAAUCAGAGACAACCAGCCACAGCUGACACUCGUUGCCUCUGAUUGAGAACCACACUGGCCAACAUAGAAAUGAACCAACUAGAACUACAACACAAAUCUGCACACCCUGGCUCAACAUAACAGUGUCCCCAGAGCCAGGGCGUGACAAGGUGUUGAUGGCUAGACACAGGAUGUGUUGAUUAUAUACAGGAGGUGUCAAUGACUAAAUGUAGGAGAUGUUGACUAGAUACUGGAGGUAUUGUUGACUAGUUACAGGAGGUGUUGAUGAUUGGAUACUGGAGGUGUUGACUAGAUAAAGGAUGUGUAGGCUAGAUACAGGAGGUGUUGAUGACUAGAUAGAGGUAGUGUUGAAUACUUUAUACAGGAGGUGUUGACUAGAUACAGGAUGUGUUGACUAGAUACAGGAGGUGUUAAUGACUAGAUACAGUUGGUGUUGAUGACUAGAUACAGCAGGUGCUGACUAGAUACAGUAUGUGUUGACUAGAUACAGGAGAUGUUGACUAGAUACAGGAUGUGUUGACUAGAUACAGGAGGUGUUGAUGACUAGAUACAGCAGGUGCUGACUAGAUACAGGAUGUGUUGACUAGAUACAUUCAUUCCAUGUUGGAUAAGAGUAUGUACAGUGAGGGAAAAAAGUAUUUGAUCCCCUGCUGAUUUUGUAUGUUUGCCCACUGACAAAGAAAUGAUCAGUCUAUAAUUUUAAUGGUAGGUUUAUUUGAACAGUGAGAGACAGAAUAACAACAACUAAAAUCCAGAAAAACGCAUAUCAAAAAUGUUAUAAAUGUAUUUGCAUUUUAAUGAGGGAAAUACGUUUUUGACCCCCUCUCAAUCAGAAAGAUUUAUGGCUCCCAGGUGUCUUUUAUACAGGUCAUGGGUAGCAUUGUUACAUGUAACUACACAGGGCCUGUUACAUCAGUUAAACAUUGAAUGAGGGGGGGGGGGGGGGGGGGGGGGGGGGGGGGGGUCGCACCUUGUCUCACGUGUUGGUUGACCGCCUUCUACUCCUCUCCUCAACAGGAAAUAAUGAAAGUUCAGGAGGGCAUCGAGUCGUAAGGAGCUGCAGUAACAGUGUCCCAGUCUUCCUCUUGCCUGGUACUUUAUAGGAGACACAUAAGCCGACAUCUGACACCAGCUCAUUUCGAUUUAGCCACAAACGGAAAUGUUCUGAGGGUUGCCAUUCGAAUACUGUCGGGAUUUCCACAGAAACACACACUGUGGACUCAAGAAGAUGGUCUUAGAUUCUUAGGUUGUUUUCCAUAUUCAUUCAGUCCAUCAUUUAUGAGGAAUUAUGAGUAGAGCAGCGGGACACUUUUGAGUAAGACAACGGGACAUUUGAAAGGUACGUGUAGAGUAUACAGUAGAUACAGUAAAUAGUAAACGUCUACUUUUAACCUUACUGCCAACUGGGUUUCAGCCAUGUAGACAAAUAGAAACCACUGCCAAAGCCAAUAGACCUUCAUUCAUUCAGAGUUUUGUGGUUAUAAUCUAAGGUUCGACAUUGUACUUAACAUGCCCCUGACUUGACAUGUGUGAUGAAUGCCCCUGACUUGACAUGUGUGAUGACCAUCCAGCAUAUGAAGCAGUAAAACAAAAGUUGUGCAUAAAACGGUGUCUUAGCUGUGAAAUGUCAUAUUAGCGGUCUAGCUUUGAGGUAAAAACUGAUAUGUCUUAAUCUUCAUUAUAUUCUUAUUGGUCAAAUAGUAAAAACACCAUUCUGUAGUCUCAUUUUCUCUCUUGGUUUUAAUCUAUGAUACUGUAGUCUGAAUGAUGUUACACCGAAUGGUGGUAUUGGUGUUUAUUAGGAUCCCCGUUAGCCGUUGCAAAAGCAUCAGCUACUCUUCCUGGGAUGUGUAUUGUGGGGGUGUUAUACUAAUUGAAUAUGUAACUGACUGGGUAAGGACCAAAGCACUCAAGAGACAGCUUUCAUAGGUCACAAAUCAGACCUGAGGUCGUCAGUUUAACUCUCAGGUCACUUACUGUAGCCAUCCAUCUGCAGGAAAGAAAACGUGUGUGUCUUGCAGUGUAUGCUUUUGUAUGCGACGGAGCUAGACAAAUAAAAACGGUCUUACCACUCAUAUACUGUUUAAUGUGUCUUUCAGUACAUACAGCACCUGUCCCAAGAUACAGGAAUACUCCAUGAAAUCAAAUAAACGAUCAUCAAAAUUAAAAUUAAUUUUCUCCAUUUAUACAUUAUAACAAUAAGACCAUUGAAAACAUGUAAAACAUUGCAAUAGUGUAAAUCUUUCACUCUUAAUAUCUAUAUUUAUAUCUAAAUAUUUGUCUAUAUGUAUCUACCGAUAGGGAUUUCAACAUUCCUCUCUUUGUGAGACAAAACUGUAUGCAGGUAGGGGCCCUUGCUAUGCUUUGGGCACAUGAACCCUCCUCUGAUCUGUCGCCUUGGCUAAUAAACCACAAAAUCUACAAAUCUAGAGAAUGAAAUAUUAACUUUUGUAAUGUCCAAUGCCGCAAACUCCAAGGGACGAUGUAUUCACACAUCCACAUCCUCAUGUUUUCAAACUCAUGCAACUGUUUUUGCAUAAAGCAUCUAACUAAACAUUUCCCUGAUAUCAUGACGCCGUAAUUCAACCAAAGCCAAAGUCCAAUUCAUUCAGACAUAUACACUUUUAACAAAACUUUAGACAGCCAUUAAUACAUACACAUUUGACCAGUCUCUAUUUUAGAUCAACAAAAAUGACAAAAAUGUAAAUGUAAAU